ACAUCAAUAUCAUCAAAUUGAAUCAUUGCUAGUUGAAAACAUUACAUUAAAUAUUUGAUCAUUUUCUCUUGAAAAGAUUGAUGUAAAUCUAUUGGAAAUCAUUUUCAAAAGAAUCAAUCUCAAUAAUCUAACUUCAUACUCGUUCACGAAAGAAAAUCUUCGCGCAUUUAAUUUUAAUAUAUGUAGCAUAUUUGUAUCAAAAAUAAUAUGGUCAACGAAUUGUACACUUCAAUAUUUGACGAUAAACAGCAGCAUAAAUGUUGAUGAACUUUAUGAUAUAUCCCAGAUGCAAAUCUUCUCUAGAAUAUCAAUUUACAGUGUAUCAAACUUUCUUUAUCCAACUAUCCUAGAUUGUCAAAGACAAUCAAGCAAUGACGAGAAAUAUCGAAUCAUUAACUGUAACUCUAGGCAGUUCAGUGACCCAUUACAUAGACAAAAAAGUAUGUUUCAUAUAGGAUCAAUUCUGAAAAAUUCUAUUUUCAUCUAUUAUUAAGAAGCAACAACAACAACAUCACCUCUGUUUGUCAAUGUAACUGAAAUUGAUAUUGAAAAUACACCUGAUUGA